CUGCACGCCUGCCUACGUGCUGCCCAGACUGCCGCCCGCGGUGGCCUCGCGCAGUCACUUCUCGCUCGCAAUGCCGCCGGAGGAAGAGGACUGGGCGCGGAUAGAGCCUACGCCGACGCCACCUCCACCACCCGAGCGGGAGCGGGAUCUUUUCAUCCCCAUUCUCGUCGGCGUGUCAUUUGGCGGGUACGCUCUGAUCAUCCUGUACGACGUCUUCUUCGGAAAUGGUCUCUGCGGGCUGACUAUAACGUGUUCAUCCUCUCCCUGGGGCUGACGAUACUUGAUCCUGUCUCUCGAGACCUUGAGACACGACCUUGUGGCCUGAGAAAACGCGCCCACGACAGUAUCUCUCCCUCUCUCUGCUGUGUGUCGCCGUCUUUUCGGGGCACGCAAUCCUGUGCAGUAGGGCAAGUGGGGGCGGGGGGCAGUCCCUUUCACGUAUGUUAGGGGUGCGGAGGCUGUCAGGGAGGCUGAGUUGCACACACAGGGGCUGUGCGCCGGCCCUCCAGGGCUCGGCUCUAGCGAGUAGAGACAAGUAUAUUGUCUCAUCAACAGAGUAGAUCGGGGCCGA